UAUGUGUGUGUGUAUGUGUAAGUUAGUGUAGGGUAAUGGAUAUGUGAUAAAAUUUUUAAAUUUUUAAUUUGGUUUUACUUUUUUAUGGAAUUAGGUCCGUGUUCGACCGCUCGGGAUUACCGCUAGCUGCCUGCAGUUGUCAUUUUUGCACUCGAUUCAGUAUGUCUACACCAGGUGGCAGCAGUUCGAAAAAGAAAGGGGUCAGAGGUAAAUACAAAGGCAAGAAUGUUGAGGAGGAGCUCUCCAAAACACAAUCUGCCAAGUUACAGAUUGAGCUGCACGCAGAGACUGGCACCCCCGUCGGCAAAAACGGAAAAAAAUUCAACAAUAUGGCGAAAUGGAUGACUCGGAUGUCUAUCCCCAUUAAUAAAUUCAAAUGGGAAGAUGUCAGUAGAGCUGACAUCAAUGCCCUCUGGGAUAGACUUGAGACCAAGUUUGUCCUCCCACGAGAUAACCCUACAUUCGUAGACUACGGUGAGUACGAGAUGUCAAAGGGUUUACGUGACUGGAGGGCAGACUGCAAGAAAAAGUGGAUACAAAAUAUUGAGGAGCUUGGACAGGAGAGGGCCGACAUGUCACCUCCUGAGGGAGUAACUCAAGAGGUGUGGAGUGACUGCAUCGCUUAUUGGAGCACAGACAAACAAAAGGCGAGAGCAGCGAAAAAUAAAGAAAGUCGGGGUAAGAUGAAAUUUCUAGGAGGCUGGGGCUCCAAGCCUAUUGUUUCACAUGUUGUCGAGGGGGCUAACCCCGACACAGGAGAACUGCCAACUGCGGUGGAAACUUUUCAAAAGUUUCACCAUAAAGGCAACAAUUGGCGCAACGAGUACGCACAACAAGCUUACGAGCAAAUGGUUGAAAUAGCGGCAACUCAACCAGCGCCCACUGAAGAUGAGCCCGAUGAGCCUGCUGUCGAUCCUACACAGUACCCCCGAGACUUACCUGUUAUGACGCAAGUACUCGGGGAACGAUCUCGACAUCUUAGAGGCUUUGGCCAUCUCCCCAGACUGAAGGGAGUUGGGGCCAAAAGAGCACCUGCCACGCAUCCUUCAGCCCCACCGACUGUUACAAUGGAACAGUACGAGGCUUUACAGAAAAAAGUGGAGGAAGCGGAGCAGACAACUCAACAUACGAGGCAACAGUAUGAGACACAACAACUCUACCUCAGACGAUUCCAAGAUCAGUUUGAGUAUCUUUCUCGAGCUGUGCCGGGUUUCAACUUGCCUCCCAUGGAUCUUCCACCAUUGCCCACUCCUGGUGCUGGAUCGUCGGCUGCUCCUGGUGCUGGAUCGUCAUCGCAGCCUCCCGAGACUCAGAGAAACAACGAUGACGACAUUACCCGCCUAUAGAACUGUACUUUUUUUUAUUAUCCGGUUCGAACAUUUAACAUUUUGUUUAUAUACUGAUUUUAGUAGAACAUAAUAUAAUUAAUGUUCGUUUAUCUUUUAAUGUAAAUUAUGUUGGUUUUUUUGUUAAUAUAAUAUUAUAAUUAUUUUAAAAAAAUUAAUUAAUUAUAUUUAAUUAAUUAAUAUUAUAAUUAAUUAAAUAUAAUUAAUUAAUUUUUUUAAAAAAUAAAAAUUAAUAC